CUUAAAUGGUACAAAGAUCAAAGAUCACAUUUGACAUCCUCAUUGCCGCUGUCUUUAUUUUAUCCCACACCAAUAGAUAGCUCUUGUCAUCAUGAAAUACUGUUUCCUCUCCAGCUAGCUCACAUUCAAACUCUCCAAAAGCAAUUACAUAAAAGAUUGCGUUUCUUGUAUGAGAUCCUCCGUCCUAUAUUGUACUCCACUCUGCGAUGACAUCUGUCUUCCUUGCUGCACAGCAAUACAUUCAAAAUCAGCAACACCAAGACUGAAUUCUCCCAAAAUGGCCAAGCUGGAAACAGCAGACUCCAGAAAUAACUUUGAGGAUCUCUCAGGUGUAGAUAUCUCUGCUUUUGAGAAUCCCUACGAUGCCUUGAUCCAAGCAUGCCACAACAACCCAGUAUGUACCGUACCUACUCAAACUCUAUGACACUCAAAGCCAUACUCAUACUGAUAAUCUCCACAGGCGGAAAUUCAGGCACGCUAUGCUAUCCAUCGCACCACACGUAAUGCCCAGCAACGAGAAAAGCUACUUGCCCCGGACUUCUCAGGAUUGAUCUUGGAUCCAAUACUUCAGCGACUUGAAGAUCCCACCAUUGAACCUGGUUAUGUUGAUCCCCGAAAUUGUCUCGUUUUCUGGGCUCGACCGCCUACCCAUAUCCGCUCUCUAGUCGAUAGAAUUCAGAAGGAACUCAUGGGUGUAGCUCCUGGUAAGCUUUUCAAAACAAACUCCAUGGCUUCUCAACGAAUCUCCUCAUCUCCAAUAGGAAAGAAAUGUUCUUUUUUCAUACCAAGCCCCCCUCUCGCCAACACAAAUUCAAAAACACAAACUAACACACUCCAGAUCUCUGGCUCAUGCCCAUCCAAAACCUCCACCUCACAGCCUUCGAAGUAACCCACUCCCUCACCGCGCCCCAAAUUGACAACAUCAUCACCCACAUUGGGAGUCAAACCUACACCAAAAUGGUAUCCUACCCCUCAACCCACCGAACCCGCCUCAUCAACCCCCUCAUCUCCUUCGACGGCGCCGCAAUCGCCCUCUCCUUCCUCCCCGCCGCCGGAGAAGCACUCCCACAAAUAACCCCCUCUUCCCCAACUAAAACCACAAGGAUAAAACAGGAGGAUAGAUAUACCUAUCAUCAUCUCCGUCGUGAUCUGUUCAAUCUAGCGAAAGCGACGGGGGUGAGCAUUGAUAGCAGGUAUGUGGUUCCAUCGAGUCAUAUUACCAUUGCGAGGUUCUUGACGCAAGAGGAUCAUGAUGAGAAGGCUAAGACGGAGGCUUGGUUGGGGAAGAUUGAUGGGAUUAAUGAGUGGUUAGAAAGGGAGUUCUGGACGAGAGAGGGGGGCGAGAGGGAUGUUGGGAAGGAGUGGGUUGUUGGGACGGAGAAGGAGUUGGAUUUUAGAAAGGGGACGUUGUGGUAUGGAGGUGGGGAGACGGUGAUGAUGGGGGAGGGCUUUUGAGGUCGUCAUGAUGAGAGGACAUAAGGAGAAAUAGAACGUCUGAGAAGGGGCAGUCAACUAUUUCAGUAUAUGUAUGGAGGUAGAAGUCAGAGGAAUAUCGAGGGCUACAGUACAGCACCAGAAUUAGUUAUCCUACACUCAUUAUUCCAC